AGGAAUAUAUAAGGAAAACUUGACCAGUAUUCAAAGAUCAAGCUCAUGACGUCACGCAGUUUCCCGCGUGACGUCACAUUCCCUCGGCUUGUAUACACACAGAGCCGCGUCCUAUUUGUGAACUGUAUAGUGCCUCCUGCAGCCUGCCAAGAUGCUGCGCAGGGGCGGGAAGCGCAUCCGUAUGGAUGAGCCACCCCCAGAAUAUGAUGCGCCUCCCAUGACCCCGAUGACUCCUGCCUCAGAGCUUCAGGAGCCAUACACCCCAUAUACACCCUACACCCCGGCUGCUGAGACGCCCCUGCACCACCCUGACUACCAGCUUGGUUAUGGCGGGGCGCCCUAUGAACAGCCGCCCCCACAGCCACAGCAGGCACCUCCGCAGCACCAGCUGUAUGCCCACCAGGAGUAUGAACAGCAGCAGCACCACCAGCAACAACAACAACAGGUGUAUCAACAACAGCAGCAGCCACAGCAACCACCAUAUCAACAGCACUAUGAACAGCAACCACCACACCCAGCACAGCAUCAACAGCAGCAGCAACAACAACAACAACAGCAGCAGCAGCAGCAACAACAACAGCAGCAGCAACAGCAGCAGCAACAACAACAGCAGCAGCAGCAACAACAACAGCAACAGCAGCAACAACAGCAGCAGCAACAAGCACAGCCACAACAGCCGCAGCAGCAGCCGUACCACCAACCCCAGGCUCCUCAGGCACCAGUGGAACCAGAACCAGAGAUGGAGGUGGACAGAGAGCCAGAGGAAGCUGAAGAGGAGAUGGAACAAGAUGGCGAUUCAGAUGGAGAGGCACAGGAGGAGGAGGAGGAAGAGCCACAACCACCCCAGAACUAUGAGCCAAUCCCCCGCCUCACCAUCUCCAUCCGGGGCCGGGGCAGAGGACGGGGCAGAGGCAGGAUAGCGACCAUCAAGAAGAUUGGCGACCAGAUUGUGUCCGAGCCUCGCAAGAGAGGUCGGCCUGGACGCAAGCCAAUCACUGAGCUCAUGGCUGAGGACGAGAACUCCCUCUACUUCAUCGUCAGGAAUGGCCGAGCAAUGUUGGCACAAGUGGUGGAUGACUGGAUUGACUCAUACAAGGAGAACAGAGAUGCCUCCCUGCUCCAGCUGAUGCAGUUCUUCAUCAAUGCUGCUGGGUGUAAGGGCAAGAUCACCUCCCACAUGCAGGCCACCAUGGAGCACGCUGAGAUCAUUCGCCGCAUGACAGAAGAGUUUGAGGAGGAGAGCGGUGAGUACCCUCUCAUCCAGAGUGGCCAGCAUUGGAAGAAGUUCAGGACCAGCUUCAGUGAGUUUGUGCAGCUAUUGGUGAAGCAGUGCCAGUACUCCAUCAUCUACGACCAGUACCUCAUGGACAAUGUCAUCUCCCUCCUCACUGGUCUGUCGGAUUCUCAAGUUCGAGCCUUCAGACACACCGCCACUCUUGCAGCCAUGAAGCUGAUGACGGCACUGGUAGAUGUGGCACUCACUGUGUCCGUCAACCUGGACAACACUCAGCGCCAGUAUGAGAGUGAGCGACAGAAGUCGAGGGAGAAGCGAGCCUCAGAUCGCCUAGAGUCCCUCAUGUCCAAACGGCAGGAGCUGGAGGAGAACAUGGACGAGAUUAAAAACAUGUUAACCUACAUGUUUAAGUCUGUGUUUGUGCACAGAUACAGGGACACUCUUCCUGAGAUCCGUUCAAUCUGCAUGGCAGAGAUUGGAUUGUGGAUGAAAAAGUUCCACCAGAACUUCUUGGACGACUCGUACCUGAAAUACAUCGGCUGGACGCUGCACGACAAGGUGGGGGACGUGCGGCUCAAGUGUCUCCAGGCACUGCAGCCGCUCUAUGCCAGCGAGGAGCUGCAGGGCAAGCUGGAACUCUUCACCAGCAAGUUCAAGGACCGUAUAGUGGCCAUGACCCUGGACAAGGAAUAUGAUGUGGCAGUGCAGGCCGUGCGGCUGGUCAUCUCCAUCCUCAAGCACCACCGCGACAUCCUCACAGACAAGGACUGUGAACACGUGUAUGAGCUGGUGUACUCAUCCCACCGCGCUGUGGCACAGGCCGCUGGGGACUUCCUCAACGAGCGACUCUUCAUCCCCGACGAUGACGCUGUGGCUGCCCUCAGGACCAAGAGAGGCAAAAAGAGGCGGCCCAACACUCCCCUCAUCAGAGAUUUGGUUCAGUUCUUCAUUGAGUCUGAGCUGCAUGAGCAUGCGUACCUGGUGGAUUCACUGAUUGAGAGCAACGACAUGAUGAAGGACUGGGAGUGCAUGACAGACCUGCUGCUGGAGGAGCCAGGGCCCAUGGAGGAGCCCCUGGAUGACCGGCAGGAGACCAGCCUCAUUGAGAUCAUGGUGUGCUCCAUCAAGCAGGCUGCCACCGGGGAGCCACCUGUUGGUCGAGGCCCCACCAGAAAGCCUGUGUUGUCAGCUAAGGAGGCCAAGCAGGUGAAUGAUGACCGAGCCAAACUGACUAAGCACCUCAUCCCCACCCUGCCUCAGCUGCUCCACAAGUACUUGGUGGACGCUGAGAAGGUGGCCAACCUCCUCAUUAUUCCUCAGUACUUUGACCUGGAGAUCUACACCACCAGCCGACAGGAGAAGAAUUUGGACCUCCUGCUCAAGCUGAUACAGGAGGUGCCAGACAAGCACAGUGACACAGAGGUUCUGGAGACAGCCGCCAAGACGCUGGAGCUGCUGUGUAAGGAGGAGUACGCCAUUUACUCUCGCUGUGACAUUGCGCGGUCAUCUCUGUUGGACAUGAUCGUCAACAAGUACAAAGAAGCCAAUGAUGAGUACAUCAACUUGCUGGAUGGGGAGCUGGAGCCAGAUGCGGAUGAGACCUUUGCCCUGGUAUCCUCAGUGAAGCGAGUCUCCAUUUUCUACUCGUGCCAUAACAUGGGACCCUGCAACAUCUGGGACUCCCUCUUUUCCAACAUCAAACAUGCCGUUGAUGGCAGCAAGAUCCUGCCAGAGAAGGCCACCAAGUACUGCAUAUCGUCCUGCUUCUAUGGGCUGAUGUGGGAGCUGCACCAGAUAGAGGACAUGGACAAGAAGCGAGCCAUGACCCAGGACGCUGUGGAGGCUCUGCGCACUCGCCUUCAGCUCUUCUUUGAGGCGUGCAAACACCUCUUGGCCAACUCCAGCAUCCCAGUUUUCAGGGAAGAGGCGUACGUCACAAUGUGCGACCUGCUCAUCAUCUUCAGCCGCCAGCUCUCCUCCAACCCGGCCGUGGCAGGUCUGAAAUAUGAGCCGGACCGUGGCAUGCAACACCUGCUCAACAACUUCAUCCAGACCUAUGUAUUUAUUGACGACGAGGGAGAAGAGCAAGAUGAGCAUGUCAAGAUUGAGGAGCUGCACAAACGGAGAAAUUUCCUGGCCACGUUCUGUAAACUAAUUGUGUACAACGUCCUGCCCACCAUGGUUGCUGCCGACGUGUUCAAGCACUACGUCAGGUACUACGAUGACUAUGGUGACAUCAUCAAAGCCACGCUGGGCAAGGCUCGGGAGAUUAACAAGGUGAACUCAGCCCGCACCAUGGCCAUGGCCCUCACCAUGAUCUUCCGGGAGCUGCACAAAGACAAUGGCCGCAUCAACAGGCAGAGUGCUGACUUCAUCAGCUUGAAGGAAUUAGCAAAGAGGUUUGCUUUGUCCUUUGGCCUGGAUGCUGUCAAGAACAGGGAGGCCAUCACUGCUCUGCACCGGGAGGGCAUCCUCUUUGCUGUGAACCCGCCGGAGAACCAGGGAGAUCCCACUGAGCCACCACCCAACUUGGCCUUCCUGGAGAUACUGACGGAAUUCACCAACAAACUGCUUAAACAAGACAAGAGAGUUGUCCUUGCGUAUCUGGACCGUCGCAUUGCUGCCGGGAUGCCGAGCUCCCGUGGCGAGGACUGGCAGCCGCUGCUCAUGUACCGCAACUCUCUGGUGCAUGGGGAGGGAGACCAGCCGCCCCAGACCUCCAAGCGAGCCUACACCAGGAAACGCAAGCAUGUGGAUGAUGAUGAUGAUGACGAUGAUGACGACGACGUGCCAUUCCAGAUGCCUGUGGAGGAGCCCCGAGAGACUGGUCGGCCCAAGCGGCGGCGGCGGCUGGAACAGGUGCACGCUGAUGUCAUUGGUCGGCUGAUCCGCCACAAGUGGUACAUUGACGGGGACCACGUGUACUGUACCGGCGCCGUGCUGGGGAUCUCGGCACCCGGCACCAUUCCCGAGGAGUCCGACGACGGCGAGUUCAUCAACGGCACUUGUUACGACGUGCAGUACGACGAUGAGGACUUUGUGCGCCACCUCAUCCUGGAGGGUGACUGGCAGCGAGGGGACAUUCAGGUGCUGGGCCGGGCACCUGUCACAUGAUAAAGAAGACAUCCACCCCCCUUCCUUACUCUGUCUCAUCCUUCAUUUCUCUCAUGCCCAUCACACUCUUUAAACUUCUCAUCCCAGGUCUUCUUCUCUUUGGAGUUUUGACUUACACUCCCCUUUGCCAGACUGACCCUUCCUGUUCUGGCUGUAGUUGUGGCGUCUUGUAGCCGUACACUGUAGCCAGGGAGUAGAGUUGUGUAUUUAAUAACAGGUUUUGAAAAGUAGCAUAAUUGUCAUAGUUUUAUUGGAAACAUUGGCAUGAAUGAAAUGAAGUUUUAUGUACAAGUUUUAUUUGAUAAUGGUGUAAAUAAAUCUCCCCUAAUCAUCAUUUUCCAUAUUCAGAAAGGGAAUUCAAACAAAAAUGAGGGAAUAUUUAUCUAUAAUAAUACAGUCAUUGUAAAGAGUAAUAAUAAAUAUCCUUUUUAUA